GGCUUGUGGUGUUUAUUGUUGCGUCAGCGCCGAUAGUGACCCUACCGUCCGCGGAUUCUCAUGGUUUCUCGCGUCUGUCGGACAUUUUUCCUUCAGAGACUUUCUCGGAUUGAUGUGAGCAAUGCAGGACAGGUAUAACGAGAUCGGUUUCGUUCAGCAGAUCCUCGGUUUGAAUUUAGUGCCGAGAAAAAACGGCACUCUGCGAGGCAACGACACAUCUCUCAGCGACUUCUCAGAGAUGUGGUAUGGAGUGUUUCUGUGGGCCGCCGUCUCCUCUCUGGUCUUCCAUCUGCCUGCAGCCCUGCUCUCCCUCGCCACGCUCCGACAACACAAGAUGGCACGCUUCACACCCAUAGCCAUCCUCUUCAUGGGCAUCAUGGGACCAGUUUGUGGGGGAGUCCUCACCAGUGCAGCCAUAGCCGGGGUUUACAAGGCAGCAGGGAAGACCAUGAUCUCCCUGGAAGCUCUGGUUUUCGGGGUGGGACAGUCCUUCUGUGUCCUCAUCAUCUCCUUCCUCAGGAUACUCGCCACCCUUUAGCAGUGCUAAUCCAGCUCCAGUCUGGACCUGACACUGCUGAGCCGGUCUCUGAACAGACCUCAGAUCCUGGUGGGACCAGAACCAGUCCGGCCCAUCACAUGAUGUCAUUUUAGAGGAUGGGGAGUGUGUGUGGUUCUGACUGCGAGCGGCUGUUGAACUGUCUGCUCCUGCACAAUGUUCCCUGGUGAUUCCCAGUUUUCCACGCAUUACAUGAAGGCAGCAUCGUGAUGGUAACCUCUCAGGGUGUGUGUGUAUAUGUAUGUAUGUGUAUGUGGAUGUGUCCGCGUGUGUAUGAGAGAGAGAUUCCACACAAACAUGCAGAACAGCAGCUGAUUGGCUGAUGGACUGUUAAAGAGGAAGAUGGCGGUUUUAUGCAAAACUCCUUGUCUCUUGAGGCCUUACAGUGGUGUUUAUCUCCAGAUGCGUGUGUUUCUGUCAUGCUGCAGGUGUGUGUAGCAGAUCAGAGAGCUGAUGUUCACACUUUUUAUGAGUUUAAAUACAGCUAAUGUUGUUUUCCUGAGUUUCUCUCUGCUCCUUCCAUCUGUUUCUGCUGCUUCCAGCAGGUUCUGCUCCUGAUUCUGCUCUUUUUUAUUCAUCAGUGUGACCUGCUGCUGCUGCUGCUGCUGUUCAGGAUGCUUAAGUAACUAAAACUCAGUGAAUUAAACUUUAAAUGUUUCCUUUUUUGUGAAUAACAGAACAAUUUAACAGCUCCUGAGAACCGAUUUGUAAAUAUUCAGAUUUAUUUUUCAAGCUUUCCAGGUUUCUGACCAAAUAUGAAUUGCUAUUGUAUUUUUUUGCAGAUGUUAUUUUUCUGUGUUUCUGCAGAAGUUUUCUGAGUUCCCAAAGUGAUGCUUAUUAUUCAGGUUCUGCUAUCUGAGAGGAGUUUGGAUUUUUCUCUAGUAAAUAUAUUUCUAUAAGAACAUGCAGACGUGUUUCUGGAGGCUGUCGGAGAUGUUUAACCCUUUAUGUCCUCCUAUGGAAUUUUUGUACAUUUUACUCAACCUUUUUCUUUUUUUUAACUUGGUGAUCACUUUGGCUAUGUUACAGCUAGUGGUAUGUGUUUUUGCAGAAACUCCUUUUGUAUUGAAUUUUUUAAAAUCCAGUGUCUUUUUCUCACAUGACUUUUAUAAUCUGUUGAUGCAUUUGCAUCCUCUGUUGACUUUUGUGACCAACAAUGUCCAGGUAAAAAAAAAUGCUCUAAAAUCAUCAAACAUCUAUUUUCUUCUGCUUUUUUCCAUAAAACACUCAAACAACUUCAGUCCGGCUCAAAACUACAAAAUAUUUAAUCACUUUUAAGAUUGUACUCCUGAAAACUGAAUUAUUUUCCAUGUAAAAAAUAUCAGGGUGAUGGGACCACCAGGGGACCUCAAGACUUUGUUUUUUGUUUAUGUGUGAAUCAAUUUUCUAAUGAACAUCUAAUUAAUAUUUUAAAAAUUAAAGAUGAUGUCACACACACAAAUGAACAAAUCACCCCCUGGUGGUCCCACAGCUCCUUUAUUUAACAAGUAAAAAUACCAGUUUCCUGCCUUCUGCCUACAAUGGGAGAACAGCUGAACCUGGUAGAACCCAGUACAAUGUCAAGUAUUAGGACUUCCCUUCAAAAUUAAAUGCUUACAUUAAAGAAUGAAUGCUUUUAAGCUGAAAUGACUGUGAGAUUAAAAUAUGUAGUUUUAAUGGAAGUCAGUGGGACAUUUAUGGCAAUACUGAAAGAAAUACUGGCAUUAAAGUUGCUUCAGUGAUUUAUGAAGAAAAAAUAAAACAGCAGAAUAAAAUGUUGAUGUUUGAUUUAACAGUUUUUGUGUGUGGACAUUUUUGGUAACGAAGGUCACCAGGGAGAAAAAAUUUGAGGAGGACAGAAGGGUUAAAUAAUUAUUUUGGACUUGGAUUAAGAUUUAGCUGAAUUUAUAGACCCACCGGAUGAGUUCAAUCAGCUCCAUAGACCUGAGUGCCAUCAGCAAUGGUUUACCUUCAUGUCUGGACCAGCACCAGGUCUGGUUAAUCCAUGUUGCAGUAAAAUUAGACAAAUGUCAGACUUCUUGAUAAAACCAUGAAAUUAAAUCUGUACCAAAGAUGGCCCGAACUCUUUCUAAAACCCAACCCAGUUACACUAAACUCCAGCUGUAGCCCGAGUGUUAGACAUUCUGGGAAAUACAGUAAAUCCCAGGAGCGAAAAGCUGGAACAAAACCUCCAUGUGGCACCAAGUUCAGAAUGAUCCUGGAGAGACCAAAGGAAAGGAUUGAUUGCUUCCUGUAAAUGAUUUGAUUGGACGGGUGUGAUCUCAGACGUCAUGUCUCAGGUGUGAAGUGUCUGAGUUCAGGUGACACUCCUGUCAGAUGCCUGAUGCUACAUGUUGAUCCACUGGACUCAUUUUUGUCUUGUACAAUUUGGAAAAUGUUUAUUUUCAUGUUGUAUGAUUAAAUAUGUGUAAAAUUGAA